AUGGCUUCUUAUACUCACGCACUUGUCGACACCUCUACAUCCGUCGAUGAGAGCCAGAACGGCAUGCUCACCUUGGGCGACCCGUACAUGGGCGAUGAUUCCGCCAACAACCCGGACUAUCUGGGUCUCCCCAAUCAAGAGGGCUUCAUGGUAGAUCCCCGUGUUGUGGCCUAUUCCAACUUUCUUUACCAGGAGGCUGUGCAGGCCGGGGAUUUCAUUGAGCAGCCACAGUUUGUCGCCCAGCAGCCUGGCAGCAUGUUAAGUGAAGCACAUGAAAUUUGUCUUUUGUCCUUGUUUCUGUUUUGUUCUAUCUUGUUCUUGCACACGCCCUAUUGCGUGCUCCCGUACGAGAACUUGUUCACUGACUUUUUCCAGUCCUUUAUGCCAAUGCCCGAGCCAGCACAGAUUUCUGUCAUGGCCUCAAUUCCCGAGCCAGCACAGACUUCUGUCAUGGCCCCAAUUCCCAUCAGCUUGCCCUUGCCUCAAACCACAGAGCAGCCCCAGCAUCAUAGCUUCACCAACACGGGCUUAAGUCACCAUGAGCCUUCCCCUCCCGCUCUAUUGGUGAGCGCGGGCCAAGGCCAAUACAGGGCUGCGACUGAUGCCGAGCUUGUUGAGAACUACCUACAGUUCAAGAAGCACCGCCAGGGUCCAUCGGCCGCCAACGCCGCGCAGUCGAUCACUACAACGCCGGUUCCUGAAGCUGCUCCCAAGCCGCCAACUCUCUCCGACGUCCCAGACCACUUUGUUAAAGCAUACGAGCAAUUGAUCAAGGAUAAUGUUUUUGUCGAAGAUGGCUGCGUUUGCGUCUCUUUCGAGGGUGACACGGUCCAUUUCGUCAAGAACCUCAAGGACAUCAAGGUCAUGGGAUUCUUGGCUUUCCCAGUGUCCCCUGAAAAGCGACAGGAGUUGGAGAGUCAAGGUGUCCAGGCGAAUCAUAAGUCUAUGUAUGACCUCAUGGUCUACAACGAAAGCAGCCCGAUUCCUGCGGGAGAAAUCCUCCAUGUCCAGCAAUCCUAA